GUUCAGUGACCUCAGGUAAAAGCAUACCCGCAAUAGUUGAAUUCUACCUUUGUCACCUCCGCGUGCUAUGUUUCUUACUAGGACAGAGUAUGAUCGUGGAGUUAAUACGUUUUCCCCUGAGGGACGACUCUUCCAAGUAGAAUACGCCAUAGAAGCUACAAAGCUGGGUUCAACUGGAAUCGGAAUCAAGACAAGUGAGGGUGUUGUUAUGGCUGUAGAAAAACGGGUGAACUCGACUUUAAUUAUACCCUCCAGUAUUGAAAAGAUUUUUGAGGUAGAUAAGCACAUAGCAUGCGCUGUUAGUGGCCUUGUUGCUGAUGCAAGAACCCUCAUAGAACGUGCACGUACAGAAGCAGCUCAUCAUUGGUUCGUAUACAAUGAAAAAAUGACUAUUGAGGAUGUGACUAAAGCUGUGAGUAACUUGGCUCUAGCAUUUGGUGAUGAUGAUAUGGAGUCUGGUGCAAUGAGUCGUCCAUUUGGUGUUGCUCUAUUAUUUUCUGGAGUUGAUGAACGUGGUCCACAAUUGUAUCAUAUGGAUCCAAGUGGAACUUAUAUUCGAUAUGAGGCUAAAGCAAUUGGUUCCGGUUCUGAAGGUGCACAACAAGCGUUACAAGAAAUAUAUCAUAAGAAUAUGACAUUACAUGAAGGAUGUAAACAUGCCCUAUCAAUUUUAAAACAAGUUAUGGAGGAAAAACUGGAUUCAACCAAUGUUGAAAUGGCAACUGUUAGUAUCAAAGAUAAUUAUCAUUUAUUCAAUAAAGAUGAAGUUCAAAGAAUCAUUGAAGAAAUUAAUCAACCAUCAUUAUGAUCAUCUUAAACCAUAUUGAACUACAUCCAUUAUGGUAUUAUAUAUACAUAUACAUAUUUUCAUGAAACAAUCCUGUUUUCUUUCUUUCUCUUAUCCGUUUGUUUAAUAGUAAAUUCUGAAUGAGAAUGAUGUGUAUUGUUUCUAAUUCGUUUGGUUUAUUUGUAUGUUUAUGUAAAUUUAAUAUAAAGUCUAAUGUAGUCAUUGAAUUGUGAUGAUAUACAUGUAUGUAACAAGUUGUUGUUGUUGUUGUUGAACGUAAUGUCAUCAGCUGUUUUUGUUGGGUUUUUGUUGUUUCAAAAUAGUUCAAUGUUGAAUAAACUUUAUUGAUGUAAACUUAAAUUAAAGAUGGAUUGUGGUUAGUAGUGGAAUCCAAAACAUGCAUUUUGUUCUGUUUGGGAUUUGUCACCUAAAAAUACCCUGUUACGACUAAGGUUGGGGGGAGUUGGUUUUCCCUCACGAAAUGUUCUCACACAUGACCACGCGUAUACAACCACUGACAAGGAAGUCCUACUCACUACAUUCUCGUGACAUCUCUGUUGUUUACGAAAGUGAGAGGACGAAAAACGAAUGUCCGGCGCUUUAACCGCGUUGGUGCAUAUGGAGGAUCCACCUAGACGAGUUGGAAAACCCUGGAUCCAAUUUAAUGGUGCAUAUGGGCUCCAUUAUCGUGAGGGAACAAAAGACAUAUGAACCUAUUGUUGGUCAUCGGCUACCAUGGGACUGCAUCUGCUAAUGUUGCUCCACUGCCUUGUGUAUCAGACCUUCAGGUCGAAGGCUCCGGGUAUGACACCCUAAGAACAUCACCUGCUUCGGUUUGGGCACCCGGACAGUACUGCAGCUCACACAUAAAUCAAGCGACUUGUGUGGCGCAUAUGUAUUCGUUGCCCAUUUGUACCAUUUAUUUAUUUUAACACAUAGAUAUUGGUACAAGGAGGCACCAAAUACAUAUGCACCACACAAAUCUGAUUCGAUAUGUGUGAGGGCUGUGAUACUGCCCGGGUGCCCAAACCGAAGCAGGUGGUUUUCCUAGGGGGCCACUCCCCGAGCCUUCGACCCGAAGGUCUGAUCCACAAGGCAGUGGAGCAUCGUAAGGAGAUGCGGUCACAUGGUAGAUGGUGAUCAGCGAUUGGUUCAUACGCCCUUUGUUCCUGCAGGAUACUGGAGCCCAUGUGCACCAUUGGUUUGGUUUGGGAUCCGGUUAAAGCGCCGGACAUUCGCUUUUCGUCCCCUCGUUUUUGUAAACACCACCCCCGCCACGAGAAGGCAGUGAGUAGGACUUUCCUGGUAGAGGCUAUAUACGCGUGGCCAUGUGAGAGCAUUUCGAGAGGGAGAGCGGACUCUCCCCACUUUCGGCCAUACCAGGGCAUUUGUACCAAUAUUUAUGUGUUUAAAUAAAUAAAUAAUGUACCUUCAUCUCAGUUGAUGUUCACUCCGGGACUCCAGUGCUAACCACCAUCUAUAUUUGCUUAUAAUGCUUGUGACUUGAGACAAUAUCGAGGUAAUCGGCACAUGCACCAAUAAGAGACUGAUCAGUUGUAGUCCUAAAGAUCAAUGGGAAGAUUCAAACAAACAAUACAAAAUGAACUUAUUGAAAACUGUUGGGUAGCGGUACUAACUAAUGGAGUGCACUUAAGUUUCAAGGGCAAAAUCGUGCUGUCAACUUUAUAGGGGGUGUAGUUGAAGUAAGAUUUUCCUCACGAAUAAGCAGCAUUGUUAGCAAUGCUUUCUUCGUACAAACGGAAAAAGGGAUUCAGAAAGGUCGAUUUUAGGUAUAGCACGGAUUUUCUUUUCUUUUGGUAACAAAAAAUGAAAAUUGGUGUAACCGGUCUAAAGUAGUUAUCUUCUAAGUUCUGGAGUUACCUUUCCAGGUAAAUAACAACAUCAUUGACAAUUCAGUUGUUUUCGUCCGUUAAGAAAGCGUAUCUUUUCAUAGUAUAGAUAUCUGGGAAUCGUUAACUACUCAUACAUCUCUAAUAGUCGUUAUCCUCCAUGAAAAACGCUGAUCAAAGUUCUAUGAAGUGGAGUGUGUAGUGGUGAGUGCUGCAUGCUAAUUUCAUGAUGACCGAAAUGUUCGUUAUAGUCAUAAAUUAAUUGUACGGUUACACUAGUUACAAAUGUUUCGAUUAUGAAUAUAUCUUAAAUUUUGGUCACUGUAUAGGUGGGAUCUCGGAAAAUUAAUAAUGGUUAACGGUUACUUGCUGAAAGUAGGAUUUGUAGGUAUGUGUUUGGAGGGUUUCUACAUGUGCUAACGUGGAAUUUGGCUCAUCGAAGUAUCCAACAACCAAAGAUUAAGGGAUAUCUGAUUGUUGUAAUUUACAUUACUCAAAGCAUCUUGCUAUUAACGAAGAAGGACUGUACAGUGAUGGAGUAGAUUUCCCAACUGCUCCCAAUAGAAAGGUGGUAUGGUUAAAAUUUGUGAUGUCUUAAAAGGAAUUCAUUCCUAUUACAUACUUGAGCAAUCAUUGGUGCAAUUUAGCGAUCAAACUAUAAUCUUUCAUGUAGUAACCUUUAUUUAGCCUCACUUUCCAACUGAUUACUGGCAUACUAGGACUACACAAAACAGGAGUUUCAAGUAGUUUACUACGUAUACGUCACCUCAGUAAGCAUCCUUGGUCUCUUGGGAUUUGUGGCUUAUGAUCAAAUGGGGACGUGUUGAUAUACAAGAUACGCGAAUUGUUUACAACCAGAUUCACUUGGUGUUGUUUUACUUGUAUCUUCCCAUUGUUAUUUAGGACUGCAAUUGAUCAGUCUCAUGUUGGCUUAUGUGCAUCCUGUGCGGAUUGCCUGGAUAUAACCUUAAGUCACAAGUUUUUUAAGCAAGGAUGGAUAGUGACUAGCAAUGGAAUCCAGGCCAAAGCACGUUUCGUCCUAUUUUGGACAACCAGUUUUAUCAAUCAAAAGUAAUCUAAUUCCCUCAUGAAUACAUUUCGUUAUGUAACACUACUGUAUGACCUUCAUUAUACAUUCUUAUGUUUGGAGGUAGAAUAAAAGGACGAAGAUAAUAUAGUUCUGUUUUGUCAAAAUGUCUUGGAAAUUCGAAGUCAACGCUUUAGAUAACAAUGUAAGAAUAUUAAGAAUGAAUUUUUAUUACUGAAAAUAUAGUUGUUAGUUCAGGUCUAGUUUACAUCAAUGAUUAGUAAAUGAAGCAGAAAUGGGUGAACCAGUUGAUGGGAUCAAUAUAUUCACUUAUGAAACGUCAACGUCCAUUAUAAUAUGGAUGUCGUAAUUUUGAAAUGAAUCCAUCAAGUUUGUUUUAUUUUCAGACUACGUACGCUAUUCAUUACAUAGGUAAAUCAUCUAUUAAAAGGUGAAUAUUUUAUACACCAGCCAAUUUUCAAUCUCAUUUCCUGAUAUGAACGUUUGAAUGUAGAAUAGAUGAAUAGCUUACUGAUAUUUGAAGACACUACUUCGAAGAGCCUCCGAACGUCCUGGUACAACCGAGAGUGGGAAGAGUCAGCUCUCCCUGUCCAGAUUUCCCCACAUAAGCACGCGUAUACAAUUACCCCUAGGAAAGUCGUAAUCGCUGCCUUUUCGUGGCGGGGGUGUUAUUUAUGAAAUCGAGAGGACGAAAAGAGACUGUCCGGCGAUUUAACCGGGUUGGUGGGUACGGAGCAUCCACUUUAAUUUUAUACAAAAUUAAGUUGAUUUUCACGAUGAACUGAUAUGGUAGAUAGAGUUUCUUUAAAAAUUUAAGUAGACCAAGAAAGCUAAUGUUUCUUACUUUGUGAAUGUCUGAUCACUUCACGAUGAAUUUCUCAAUGUUCUAGUAGGAAGUUAUAGUUUAUGAAAUCAGUCGAGAUGGGAGUAUGUAGUAGUAGUAGUGAUAUAAUACAAAAUGAAUGAAAUUGAAAAUUCAAACCAUUGUACAGGACAAGCUGUGAACCACAUAUGGAGAAAUUCGAACGCUUCACUGAUGAUGUCGUUCAGAAGAACGAUGAAAGUCCCACGACCAAACCAUCCAGCUCGGAGAACAAAACUAUCAAAAUCAUCCAUCUGAGCUACAAGUCUUCUCCACCAUCUCAGAUUUCAUGAACUAUGAAACUUUAAAGCUUCUAGUUCAAUCUUGUGUAAGAUUCUGUGUACAUACUGUAGUGAACGAGAACAUAAAUGGAGACAAUGGAAUAUCGUUGAAUAAAAAAUUACAGAGCGUCUUAGUAAAAUCUGAGAAUCAUACAGUAAAUACUUCAUUUGCAAAAUAUCCAACAAUUGUCUAAGAUUUCAUUGUUCAUUCGAUUCCACAGCAACCAUUAUUUGAUCUCCUGCCUACAGGCAUUUCGAUUGACGAUACUUACUUGCACCUGUUACUCCUCGUGGAUGAGCAUAGGCCGCCCAACAUCACUCUCCAUCCAACACAGUCCUGAGCAAUCCUUUCCAGUUGCUAUCCAUCCUUUUCAUGUUUUCUUCCACUUCCCGACGUAAUGUGUUCAUCGACCUUUCUCUCCUCCAUUUCCC